UUUAGUGAGAGGAUGGUUAAAGCAGGAAUUGAAAUACCAUUGUACCCACCGUCUUCUCAAUACCACUCUCCACUGCCACUUAACCAACCCUGAGAUCAGCCUUACAAGCACCCAAGCUGGUUCCUUUUGUUUUCUUCUCCAAUCAACUCCACCACCUUUAGAAGAAGAGCCUUCAACUUUGUGUUUGUGUAGCUUCAAGUUUGUGCACGACAAGACUUUGCUGUUUUCUCAUAUUUGAUCAAUCAUCCUGCUAAACAAUAAAGCUUGAAGAUGUCUUCUGCAAUCUUCAAUGCUCCGGUUGCUGCAUCCGGCUACGUUGGCCUGUCAACCAACCCUCCGAAAAUUUUCCCGGUUAAAGAUUCGAUUGGAUGGACCAAGAAAACUGUCUCCAAUGGUUCAAGAACUCACUGCAUGAAGGUAUGGAACCCAAUCAACAACAAGAAGUUUGAGACACUGUCCUACCUUCCACCACUCUCUGAUGAUUCAAUUGCAAAGGAGAUUGACUACAUGCUCAAGAAAGGAUGGAUCCCUUGCCUCGAAUUCGAUGAGAUCGGGCAUAUUUACAGGGAGAAUAGCACGAUGCCAGGCUACUACGAUGGGAGAUACUGGACAUUGUGGAAGCUGCCCAUGUUUGGUUGCACUGACCCGUCUCUGGUGCUCAAUGAAAUCUACCAGUGCAAAACAGCUUACCCAAAUGCUUAUAUACGCUGUAUGGCAUUUGACAACAUCAACCAGGGCCAGUGUAUGGCCUUUAUCAUUCAGAAGCCAGCCGCCGCCACCAUCACCACCAACGCUUAAAGUUUUACAGUUUUCCCGGGUUCCUCUAUAGAGCUUUCCCUGAAAUCAGCUUUCCAUUUUCACGUUGUCGCUGUUUUCCUCUGUAAUUUAUGUGGCAUGUAUGCAUAAGGAGGUUGUAGUUUUUACUGCCCCUGUUUUGGGAAGAUAAUAAGACACUUUAGUUAUAAUUGUACGCUUUUGUUAAUGUGUUUGAUCUUUAUCCAUCAGCCCAUGGUUUUCAA